AUGUAUUGUUUUUCUAAAAUAUUUUUUAUUCGGGUGGUGCUGUCAAUCGCGAUAUUCGGCUUUGCAAAGUUCACCGCGGGAGCCACAGUACAGUGCUCUGCUGAGUUCAUCCAGAACGUCUUCUGCGACCUGAACUGUCCAAUCGAAGGCAACGAAGUGGUUUACCUCGCCGAUUCCACAAAGCAGAAUUGUGCUAAGUACUACGUUUGCGUUAACGGCAAUCCCCAAUCAGGUGAAUGCUCCUCAAUGCAAUAUUUUGAUUUGGUAACGGAAAGUUGUACGGCGCCAGCUGAAGCUUCCUGUAGGGUGCAAGAUGUGGAAUGUUCAUUACAAGAUGAACUGGUAGCGAAUCCAAUGGACUGUACCAGUUAUUACGAAUGCGAGAAUGGAUUUCCACAUUAUAUGAAGUGCGGUGACGGACAACACUUUUCCAAUGGGCAGUGUAUUUUCGGAGAAUGUUCGGAUUUACUCACAGACGAACCGGAAGAUACUACAGUGACCACUGCAGGAACUGCUACAACUGAGGUUUCCACAACAGAUGUGAUUACAACAGAAAUCACCAUAACGGAUGUCACACCGGAUGUCACAACGGAUGUCAUAACGGAUGUCACAACGGAUGUCACAACGGAUGUCACAACGGAUGUCACAACGGAUGUCAUAACGGAUGUCACAACGGAUGUCACAACGGAUGUCACAACGGAUGUCACAACGGAUGUCACAACGGAUGUCACAACGGAUGUCACAACGGAUGUCACAACGGAUGUCGUGACAACGGGGAUUCCAACAACGGAAAUUCCCACUACAGAAGUUGUGAUAACGGAGAUUCCCACAACAGAAGUGAAUACAACUGAAAUAGGGACAACAGGAGUGACAGAUGUUCCAUCCACAGAUCCAGCUGUGGUAUGCCAGAAUGUGUCCAUCGGGAUUAUUGCCCAUCCUUUCAACUGUUAUCAGUAUUUUGUGUGCAUUUUCGAUGCCGGAAAAUUAUUCACAUGUCCCAAUGAUCAUAUUUUCGAUGCAGUAUCGGAUUGUGCAACCGUUGGGUAUCGUAUCAGCCUGGCUAACAGCCUGUUAUGCUAA